GUUCUUUUUUCAUUCAUUCCCUCUCUUCAACGACAAUCAGCAGUUCGCCAUGGGGAAAGUCAAAAACAAUAGGAAGAAACAGAACCGCCACAAUGCCACUGGUAUGGAGACAACUUCCGAGGUUUUGGCUGCGGAAGCACUUCAACCCGUGCCUGUGGAGACUAUCAUGCCUCUGAUGAACAAGCUGUCUUCUCCGGAUGCCAAUGAACGAUCUUGGGCUGCUGCAGGUGCUAGUAAUUUGUUGAUGCAUGAUGCUGCCACUCGUCGUUUAAUGCUCAGCAAAAACUUGGUUGGCGCGCUUAUUGAGCGUUUGACCGAUUCAGUACACGAGGUUGUUGUGGAAGCCUUGGGAGCUCUCCGUAACUUGACUGUUGUAGGUGGAGAGGAGGUCAUUAAUGAAAUGUACAACAAGAAUGUCCUUACUCCAGUCUCCGCAUUGAUUCCUCCACUUGGGAACAUGAUUGAUAGCAUGUUCAGCGGGCCUGCAACAACAAGUGAAGAGCAUGAGAAAAGAAAAACCGUCUGGGAUUGGGCUGAGAACGUGAUCAGCAUUUUCUGGGCAAUGAGCGAAAACUCUGAGAAAGCGUUAAAGGCUAUCAACAAAUUCAAUCUAGUCCCUUUUUUGAUGCCAUUUAUGACAAAUGUCGAUAAGGUGCCACCAAGAGUUAUCGUUGCUGCUGCCCAAUGUCUCUAUACUUUGACUGACGAUAACCCCGAUUGUCGAGUCCAUUUUGUCAAGAACCCUGAUUAUAUUAAAACUCUCAUGAAGAUCCUGACAUUGAAUGUAAAUGCAGAGCAGGAGUUGUUAAUCAAGACACUAGUAUGCGGAAUUGUCAUCAAUCUGAGAAGUGUCAUAGCACCUAAGAGCUCGGAGGGCGAGGGCGAUUUCACUGGGAUCCACAGCGCUGUCAUGCCUGUCCUGAGCGGUGCUCUCAAUUAUGAUCUUCAAAAAGCUAGUGCUGAAGCAACUGCCGCAGCCGAGAUCACUAAUGCCAAGAAAUUAGAACCAGAUCUUUCGAAGCCUACUCAACCCGCCACUCCAGAAGAACAGACCCUUGCAGCCAUUGAGACUCGUCUGCAGACACUACAACUUGCUUUGGAAUUAAUUGCCAACAUUUGCACUGAAAGUGUGGCAGGCGUUGAGGAAGAGGAAGAAGAAUGGAAAGACGAAGGUGGCGAUGACGAUGAUAUGGAAGCAGAAGAUGAUGAAGAAAAUUUAGAUGAUUCAGAGAAAAAAGAGGAUGAUGAAUUGGAUGAGAAUACCUUGCGGGAAAUGGAGCAAUUGGCGGCAGCGUCAAAUGAAAUACCAAUGGAUCUUUCUAGCCAUCCUAUUAUCAAUAUUUUGACAAGCACUGUAUUUCCGGCACUUAUUAGUCUUGCAACGCCAACAUCACUCUCUUUCCCACCACAAGAAGUCCCUACUCCAUCGACAGUCGCACCUUUAAUUACUGCACAAUUGUCAACGACACAUUUACGUGCCAUUGAAGCCCUCAAUAACUUCUUAUUGACGAUGGCAGAUGCAGUUCCUGGAAAGUGGUGGUACAAACAAAGGAAAGCAGAUGCAGAGCAAUGCUGGGUAUGGCUCUUCCAACAAGCCGGAGCUGUUGCAGGAAAAGGCGUACAGGUCGGGGCUGAAGAGAAAGGCCAAGAGAUGCGUGGUACUAUUCUGGAUGGCAUUGUGGGCUGUUUAUGGACUUUGGCGCGCGGUUUGGGUGGCGAGGUGCCAUUGAGCGAUUUCCAUGUUCCUGCAUUAAUAGGAGCAUAUGCCUCAACGACUUCAGAUAGUAUGCGCGUUAAGACUAUAGGGUGUUUGGGCGUGAUUGCAAGGCGGCAAGGAGCCAUUGAGACAAAUAAGGUAAUUGGUGAGUUUUUGAUCAGCUUGCUCAAAAACAAGCCCAGCCCCGAGGCAUGUAUUGAAGCGUUGAACGCUAUUUACGAUAUUUAUGCGGACGCUGAGUUUGACUACGAUCUCCCUGUAUUUGUUCAGGGUAAUUUCAAUCAGGAGCUCAAAGGCUUGAUCAAAAUGGUUCGGUUUAUGGUUCGUAAUAUUGAUAGACGUAAGGAUCGGGACCUGAGGAAUCGUGGGGAUGAAGCUGUAUUGAACUUGGUGGAGUUUGUGAAGUACAAGGAAAAAGAGCGAAAGUAAAUAGUGC